CUCUCGGCCCGGGUAAUCGUCGCCCACCUUCGAUUAUGGAAGUGGCAGAUUGCGUCCCGACCGAUUCGAAGGUAAGCGAGGCGAGGUGAGAUGGAUUGCCGAUCGCUAUGUGAGACGCGAAGCGCCGAAGCAUUACUUAGCGUGUCGGGAGCUCAACUCGUCUGAUUGGCUGGAGCCGAGCAAAUAGCCAAUCAACAGUGCAGCGAGUGUCAAAGGCGACAGCGACACAGCGCCUAGAUUCACACGACGGGAGACGCCAGUGUCGGGACGGGGAGUCCUCAUCCCACCUCACCUCUGUCCCGGAAAGUGAGGCCAGGGCGAAUUGGCCUCGAUGAGAUUCGAACCUGCGGACUUCGGACCGGUGAUGGCUUAUCACCCAUUCCUUCUGACUCCCUCUCGACCGGCCGAUUUCAGUGUCAGCUCCCUACUGACGCAGUCGCAGUAUCUUGCGCCUACUUUCAACCCCGUGCCUAGGGGAUAUCCUUCGUUGUUUCCCAAACUUCCGCCACCUCUACCCGGAUCCACACACAUCGCGCCCGAAGACAUCGUAGCCCACCAGUCUCCCUACAGAACUCUCAGGACGCUGGAACCGGAAGAAGACGGCGUCCAGGACGAUCCUAAAGUGACUUUAGAAUCUAAGGAACUCUGGCAGCAAUUUCAUUCUUUCGGAACAGAAAUGGUCAUUACGAAAUCCGGAAGGAGAAUGUUUCCAGCUUUCAAGGUCCGCGUGUCUGGACUGGAUAAGAAGGCCAAGUACAUUCUGUUGAUGGACAUCGUUGCGGCCGACGACUGCCGUUACAAAUUCCACAAUAGUCGGUGGGUUGUGGCGGGUAAGGCUGAUCCCGAGAUGCCCAAGAGGAUGUACAUCCAUCCCGACUCGCCCGGUACAGGAGAGCAGUGGAUGCAGAAAAUGGUGUCUUUUCACAAACUCAAACUAACCAACAACAUAUCGGACAAACAUGGAUUUACAAUCCUCAAUUCGAUGCACAAAUACCAACCACGGUUUCAUCUAGUUCGAGCCAACGAUAUUUUAAAGUUACCCUACAGCACUUUCAGGACUUACGUCUUUAAAGAAACAGUGUUUAUAGCAGUUACGGCUUACCAAAACGAAAAAAUUACUCAAUUAAAAAUCGAUAAUAAUCCAUUUGCCAAAGGUUUCAGAGAUACGGGAGCAGGAAAGAGAGAAAAGAAGCGCCAAAUGUUGAGUCAACAACAGAUAUCGACGAAGCAAGACCCCAGGAAGGAGUACAGUGAUGACGAAGACAGAUUGGAUCUUGUGGUCGAUAUAGCUGAAAAUACUAAUAGAACAGAUAACGGAGGAGACGCGGAGACUCGUCAGAGUCCUCAACCCACCGACAAACCCCAGUCACCUCUUCAAGUCAGCAGGGAUCCUAAACUACAACUGAUGAAUCCCUUGAUGAGACAGUCGUAUAUCUAUCCACCGUCUUUCUACAACGGUCACUUCUUGCAGGGGGCGCCGUUUUUUAAUCCGAAUUCCACACCGCUCACCUACAACAUGAGUCAGAACUUUCUCCUAAACCCACAUUUAGGACUUCCAUCUAGUCAUCCAUUUCUUGCUCAUACUACAGACUACAUAGAACCUUCGGAUACAAGUGGGGCCCUAUUAACGUCCAGAUUAAAGCAGUCGCGUUUCUUCCCUUAUGCUCUUCCUCUCGGUUUUCCAUCACCCCCGGUCCAUCCCUGCUCACAUCCUAUUGUCAAGUGUGUAGGAUCGCCAGCUUCGGAUGGGGAUAGCUCGGAGAGUUUACUGUCAACCACAGUGUCCAGCGAACUUAAGAACAUCGAGAACAUGUUGAACGGUCUUGAAAAACAACCCGAAACCGAAACGCUACCCGAUAAAUAGUGUCAAUGUGUUCAUGCCAUGCUCAAAAAAAAAUCCUUUACCUUGCCGCUGUAGCCUAGCAUCCUAGAUAACGUUGUCGUGUCCGUGACGUGACUGUAGUGUUACGUAGGGAUUUCGUGACGCGUCACCCAUCUUGUGUAGAAUUUUUUGAUAGUAGAUGGGGCCUACAGCCAUACUGUGUACAUUAUGUGGUUGUGUUUUGUGUGUUUUAUUAGUGGUAUUUAUUGAUGUAAAAUAUUGUUGUUAAGAAGUUUUUCGGUAAUAAAGUUUUUACAA